AUGGCAGGCGACCGCUCCACCUCACCUUUAUUUCUCCCAUCCAAAAAUGACAGAUUUUUAUCAGAAGUGAAAGAGAGUUUAAAUAAUGAAACCAAUGAUGGAGAUUCUGCAUUGGUUAGUGAUGAGGAGAAUAUAGUUGGCUGCUACACUCGAGCGGACGACACAACAUUUGACCCCGAAUUGGACUUGCUCAACCAAAAACUUCAGAAAUAUGAUCUUGCACAAAGCUCAAGAGGAGUAGGGCCCAACCCUACAAUUGCAUUCAACAAAAGACCGUUAAACGAUACUCCUAUAGUUAGUGGUACCGCGUCACCGCGUGCAGGAAUGGCAAUGUCUCCUCUCGAUUUAAGUGAAGAUGAGGAUGAUAUAACAAGCAAACAUAUAAAUGAUGAUAACACAAAACGCAAUACUGAUCGCAAUCAACAUUUGGAGCCCUAUAAAAUGGGUUCUAGCUCAAUCAAGCCUGCCAAAACGACCCUUGAUAUCCCCGGCCAGACGAAGUCAAAGAUAUCCCCGGAUGGGACAAUUGUUAAUACAAGUGAAAGGGUGGUAGUCGUUAUGAUUGGAUUACCAGCCAGAGGCAAGUCCUAUCUAAGCAACAAGCUUGUUAGAUACUUGAAUUGGCUUCAGAUUAAUGCCAGAAUAUUCAACGUUGGAUCUACACGAAGAGCAAAGGCUGCCAAUGUAGGACCGGAAAACUCACCCUUACCCGACAAGAAGGCUGGCACUUUACAUGACGCAAGUUUCUUUUCCCCCGAUAACAAAUCCAACAUUCUUUUGAGAGAGGAGUGGGCUAAAGAAACUUUGGAUAAUUUACUGCAUUAUCUUUUGGAGGGCGACGGGUGUGUUGGCGUUUUUGAUGCCACAAAUUCAACCAAGCUGAGGCGCAAAAAUGUCCUUGAUAUGAUCAUGGAAAAGAGCAAGGGACAACUCAAAGUUCUUUUUCUAGAGAGUAUUUGUAAUGAUAGGACAAUACUGGAGGAUAAUAUUCAGCUCAAAUUACAAGGCCCUGAUUACCGGAACAUGAACCCCGAACUUGCUAUCAAAGACUUCCUCGGAAGAUUGAAGAAUUAUGAACUUGCCUAUGAAACUAUUGAUGAAGAAGAAGAAAAGGAUAAAAAUUUUCAAUAUGUGAAGAUGAUCGAUGUCGGCCGUAAGGUUAUUGCAUGUAAUAUCCGGGGAUUUUUGGCAUCGCAAAUCAUCUACUAUUUUCUGAAUUUUAAUUUAAGUCCUAGACAAAUAUUCAUCACAAGACAUGGUGAAUCAGAGGAUAAUGUUAAAGGGAGAAUUGGUGGGGAUUCAAAUUUAACUCCGAGAGGACAUGCUUUUGCUAAAGCCCUUGCAAAAUUCAUGGAUUUCAAAAAGCGUCAGUUUAGGGAAACCCAGUUAAAAGGAUUCAGUGUGAGAAACGCUAGUCUAGUUUCGGGCUCUCAGCUCAAAAAAAGUACCCCUGAGGAGCCAUCGUUUUCAGUCUUCACGUCGAUGCUACGCCGCAGCGUACAGACGGCUAAAUACUUUUCGGAUGACUUCUAUGAUAUUAAGGAAAUGCGUAUGUUAGACGAGCUGGGAAGUGGAAAAUUUGACGGUAUGACAUAUGAAGAAAUUCAAAAGCGUUUCCCCGAAGAGUUUAAGUCUAGGUUGGAAAACAAAAUGGCCUACAGAUAUCCUGGUGUUGGUGGAGAAUCAUACUUGGACGUGAUUGCAAGGCUCAAGCCUUUGAUAACCGAGCUCGAGAGGACCACGAAUCAUAUAUUAAUUAUCACACACAGAGUUGUGGCUAGGGUUCUGAUUGCAUACUUUUUGAAUUUGAACAAAAACUCCGUGGGAGACUUGGAUGUGCCUUUGCAUACAAUCUAUAUGUUUGAGCCUAAACCAUUUGGCGUGGAUUACCAUAUUUAUGAGUUUGACGAAAACACAAAUUGGUUUAACGAACUAGACCCAAAGAACUUACAAAACAGUAAGAGGAUGAGGCAAGUUGGUAUCUCCUUCAGGGAGCGUGCAUAUUCAGUGGUGCCUACGGCUCCUAGAAAAAGACAGACAUUAUUUUCUGGCGAUGAUAAUAUCAACGAACUUUCAAAGACUGUAAAUUCACAAAACACUGUUUCUUCAAGUUCUUCAAUCACCAGUCAGCAGUUGGGUUCCAAGACAAACAACCGCACUAACAAAACCAUUCUUGACAACAUUAACUCUGCCAGAGGUUUGGGACAAGCACCUAGUAAUUGUUUAUAA